UGUCUCAGUUAAUAAAGUUAUUGUCUUUUAAACUGCUCACUGGCCUUUAGUGACGUCUGUUCACUUCCGGGUUACAGUGUGACCUUGAUUGGUGACAACAUGGCUUCUAUGGUGAGACUGAGCUCCCUGUGCAGAGGAGGACGAGUAUUUGCCUUCAACAAAUCCUUCCUAAUUAGACCUACGGCUGCUUUGCCUCAAGAACACCAUGCACUUCAAGGUUCCCCAGUUCAGUUUUCCCCAAUUCGACAUGCGGGAUCUAAAGCUGCCUCUAUUCACUGGACCAGCGAGCGAGUUCUGAGUGUGGCACUGCUGGGUCUCCUGCCAGCUGCUUAUCUGUACCCUGGGCCUGCCAUAGACUACUCUUUAGCGGCAGCUCUCACUCUUCAUGGCCACUGGGGCAUUGGACAGGUACUUACCGACUAUGUUCAUGGAGAUACAAAGGUUAAGUUAGCAAAUGCAGGCCUUUAUGCGCUCUCUGCUGUGACCUUUGCAGGCCUUUGCUAUUUCAACCACCAUGACGUGGGCAUCUGCAAGGCGGUGGCUAUGCUGUGGAGUCUGUGACCAUCAGUACCUAAAUAUAUAUCAACGUGUGUGCUUUAGACUCACCUCUAAGAGGCAAACACAAUGGACUCAAAUGUUGAUCAUUCACUAUAAAGGUUGCAAGGGGUAGGAGGGAACUUCUGAGUUGUGUAUAGCACAUCACAGAGUGUCCUCUAAUUACGAGGAGGAAACUGAUGGAAAACCAUAUUUUGUUGUGUCCCUGAGAAUAAAAUGAAUGUAUUGCUUUCUAACACAACAAAUUUAUUCCAAACAUUGGAAAUGUCUUCCUAUCCAGCAUGAAAGACCGUUUUCUGGCAGUCACUGGCUUGGCUUGAUUUCCUUAAUGCCUUUUAAAUACCAUAAAGUUAAUAAUUUAUGGAAAUAGAAAAUUUCAAAUCUUUAUUUUUCUGUUUUGUCGCAGUGCUAGCAAAAGAAAUACAUUGUAGCGCUUAUCACUCAUAAAAAUUUUGUUUAAUAAUCUCACAAAAUAUGUUUGAUGGUGUUAGAAGGAUCAACUCAGUCAGAAAAAACGUGAAAUAAAGAAAGUCAAGUCA